AUGGAUUCAGUCAGCUCUGGCUCUCCAAAAGUCCAGCCGUUUUCGCUACUAGAACAAUUGGGGGGUUAUGAAGAUAUACCGUCCUACUGGGAGGACCUGGAAUUUAAUUAUGACGAGGAUAUAACACUUGGACAAAUCAUCCAGGCAGUCGUCAAAUGCUUGGAAAUGGAGUCAAAGGCACCUACCGAAGAAAUCGACGCAAUUAUUCUCGAUCAACUGCGAGCAAUCUUGACGUACGAGUCUGAAGAAUCACUAGAACUCCAAGCUAAGAAAAUCCAGUUGCUUCAGGCAGCCACAAAAGAUCACGCUUAUUACAACCAAAAACAAAUCAAGGUCAGGAUGAUCGAGAUGCGACUGCGGUGUGGAGGCUUGAUUGUGAAGGCUAUGUGCUACCGUCAUCCGAAGAUAGCAUUCCAGCCAUGCCCGGAUAACCAUGACAUCGGCGGGAGGUCUUUUCUUCCGUCCGCGUUUCAAUUAGCAGCGGAAUCAAGAUCUGAAUAUAUAUUACAAAUAAUACUUGACGAGCUCUUGGUAACUUUUGAGCACGACAAUAACGCCUAUUCCGAGUCUAAAUCGCCGGUGCAGCAACCACAGGAGAUCAUUCGCGAUGGCGAAACCGCAGAAAAGAACAUGGCGGAGGUUGUAGAGCUAUUGCUCAAUACCUUCGCCUCCUUACCACUUGACGUUUCAUCUAAGGUUAUGGAUAUCAUCAAGAUAAUGGUGGGAAGAAAUCCAAGUCUUCUCAAUGAGAAAACUUGGGAAAUCGCAGUCAAAACGCCAUCACCAGAGUUCGUUCGUCUUCUACUGGAGUCAAAUGAAUCAAAAUUUCUCACAGAAGCGCAUGCUUUAUUUGUCGUGGAAAAGGGAACUGCGCAGAUGUGGGAUAUGUUUCCAGAGAAGUCUCGCCGCGGUUUCAUUUCAAAGAAGAACUGCAAUUUCUUGCAUAUAGCCGUAUCACUGGGAAAAGUCGAUAUGGUGGAGGUACUCUUGAAGCUGGAGCCUACUCUAAUAGAAAUAAUAGCGGGAGAGGCGGGGCGUGAAUCGCAUGAAUAUCCUAUACAAUAUCUGAAGAAACUUGAAGAAAAUCCGAAAGUUGAUGAGGACGGCAAGGCGUAUAAAGCCAUUCGAGAUCUACUUGUUCACGCCAUGAUUCGAAGCCAAAAUUUUGGGCUUCAGAAAAUUCGAGAAAUACUGAAAGAUUCUAACGCCAAGGAUAUGUCAUUUCAAUUCCCGCAGUUCAAGUCAGAUGCGAAGAAUCAAAGCUGUACAGACUACGUUCAGAUGCUGAAAGUAAUGAAUGCCAAGUUUUUCCAGUAUGAGAAACUUCUGAAAUAUGCCGCCUUUCCUGAUCUGAGCGGCCAAGCGCCAUUUAUGGGCAAUGAAGACUUAAAGCAAGUUCACAGAGAAGUCAAAGACGUUUUCGACUGGUUGAAGGAACGAGGCGUUGAAGAGGUAAUGACCUUGACGGUAGAAGAUCGCUUACACUGUCCACAUAGUGACGAAGAUGUGGCGGCAUGUGUCAACAAUUUCCGUGUCAGAGUUCUCAAGUGGAGAAAGCUGGACAUAUACCUCAAAAAUAUCGACAAAGAUUCAAUAGAGGAACUGCAUCUCUAUUCCAGUGGCAAUCAAUCUGUUCACGAUCAGUGGUUAGUUCAAAUACCACAAUUUAAGCGGCUGAAACGACUAUACGUGUAUGUGGUAAAGGAUGUUCUUAGUCCGCUUAAGAUAGACAAAGUAAAAAAUCAGCUUCAAGAAGAUUUGAAUACGUUGCAUAGAAAACCCGGCUAUCCAUGGACAAUUCAUGAAGAAGAGGCGAGUAUUGACAAAGAUGGAGAUUCCGAAAGACAAGACAAGAUCCAAUCCAAUCUGCCUAAGACCCAACCGAGAAUUACAUCUGAGGCCCAAUCCAAGAUCACGCCUGAGAUCACGCUUGAGAUCAUGUCUGAGGUUCAACCUGGCAUUUUUACUAAGAUCUCGCCUGAUAUCCAACCUGAAAUCUCACCCGAGAUCUCACUUGAUAUCCAACCAGAUAUCUUAGCUGAGAUCCCGUCUGAGAUCCAAACUGGCAUUCUAACUAAGAUCUCGCCUGAUAUCCAACUAGAUACCUUAAAUAAGAUUCCGUCUGAGAUCCGACCUGGGAUUACAACCGAGAUUCAAUCUACGAUUACACCUGGAAUCCUAACUGAGAUCUUACCUAAAAUCCCAGCUGAGAUGGUUGAUAAAGUUGUUGCUAAGAUUCCAACUGAGCUCUUGAAUAGAAUCCUAGCUGAGAUACGAGCUGAGACGCUUCCGACCCAGCCUAAGACUCGAUACCAGAUCGAGGUUGUGCCAAUACAAUGGCUUCAGCUGCGAGAAAAUAUUAUAUACCGAAGCUUGGAUCAUAUUUCUUCGGAUCUUGUUGGCUCGCAUUUGGCAAGAUUUAUCCAAAACUUUUCUCAAUACCACUAUGAGAACAUAGGAACAAAGAAGACAAAAAUUGCACUGAUCGACAGUGGUGUUGUUGUCGUUGGAGGGUCGCACGGUGAGAACUACGAAAGGAAAGAAGGAAAAAGAGAGAAGGAAGAGAAGGAAGAGAAAGAAGGUAAGGAAGAGAGGAAAGUGGUGGAAGAGAGGGAAGAGAAUGAAGGGAGCGCAUCUGGCAGUGUCCUGGCACAGCGAAUUGUUGAAGGCAUCUCGCUUGUCAGCAGGGACAAUGAAGAACAACCAUGGUGGCAUGCUACUGAGCCACACGGCACCCAGAUGGCAACACUUAUUUGCUCUAUAAACCCUUUCUGCGAACUUUACGUUGUCAAAGUCGCCGAGUCAAACGCGUCUGGAAUAACGGGGCAUAACGUAGCCAAGGCUAUUGACUGGGCACGAACUAAAGGGGUAGACAUAAUAUCCCUCAGCCUCGUUACCUUCUCAGACCCGAAUAAGGACAUGGCCGCUGCUAUCCAAGCAGCCAAAAGAGAUGAUAUUGUCAUCACUUGCAGCACCGCAGAUGAGGGCAGCAUAGUUGCUCGCUCGGUGGGCGAGAAAAAAAACGACAGCGUCCUAUCAAUUGCCGCAUGUGAUAAAUGGGGUAACUUACUCCCUCAAAGUCAAAAAACGGGCUUCACAUACCAAUUCAUUGGUCAUAAUGUCCAUGUCGGCCAAGUACCCUAUUUAGAAUCUGCUGAAUCUAUUGAGGGGAGCUCGGUCUCAACCGCAGUCGCUGCAGGAAUGGCUUCACUUAUUCUGGCAUGUGCUCGGAUUUCAUCAAGCGUUAAGGUCAAUGAGGGAAAUGACAAAGGCGAUCGUACGAAAAAUUGGAGAUUUGACACGGUAAAAGGUAAGUUUGACGCAAUGUCAAAAGAUACUAAAGGCUGGGUUGUUUUGGAAAAUCUAUGUGGACCAGGGCGACUUGAAAAACCGUACGACUUUAAGAAGCUAGUAGAUGAAACUUUCACGAAUUAG